AUGCCGGAAAUGAGCUCCUCUCGGAGUAUGUCUGAGGCAUCAAUGAAGCGGGAGAUUGCGAACAGUCCCGGAACUAGCGAACUAUUUAAACUGGUCAAUCAAGGAGAUCAGUGGCAGCACGGUCUCUUUCGUGAUAAAUCAUUGAAUGUGCAAGGUUCUCAAAAAAGGAAGGGAAAAAAUCUAGGACUGUCGCAAGUGGAUAUGGCUUAUCGCAAACUUGGACAUCAGUUGAGCCUUCGCGCUCAUGGCAGUUUCGUUGCCUCAAAUCACCAAACAAGUUGCACAAUUGGAAAAAGCGAAGGCUCAAGUUUUGCACCCUAUUCUCGAUUAUCUAAGAGGACAAACCAUAUUGACGUGGGAUCGGGCCGUCUGACUCAAAUGAUAAAGGCGGAGAAAGCGAGACCCAGCAGCCAUGAAAAUUAUUGGAAACCCUCAUUCCGUAAGAGGAACAUUCUGAGGCACCUCACUAUGAAUGCGUCCAAGAUAUUACGGAUGCUCCAGGAUGAUAUGAUCGCAGGAUCCCAAGCUGCGAGACCGACCGACUCUUCUCGACAACAGUUCCCGCAUUUGCGUCCAGAGCAACAGAACGAGCGCACACCGUCAAAUUGGUUGCAAGAAGACUCCAAGAAAGAGCAAACCACAAAUGAAUUCUCGAACAAAACAAUAAUAUCUCUUCAAAAAGCAGACAGGGCGCCAACUGUUGCGUCCCAUUCUAUUGAAAUGUCGUCUACUAGACCUCAGCAUUUGAAUUUUGAGCCUCCGAUCGACAAAGCACGAGAUCCUAGUGGGACAGCAUCAUUUCAUCAACAGCAAACUGGGAAGUGCUUAACGGACCCUUUCUUGUCUACCUCCAACAAUGGAUUUGACGAUGCAAAUGGCGACUUGAUUUUGUAUGAAAAUGAUGUAAUUAGAGUGCCUCGGAACAAAAUUCACGUCUUGUCUAAAGAAAGGAUGCGAAAUGUGGCACAUGUUGAUUACCGAGUGCAGAAGAGGUUGGGACAGGGGACCUUUGCCCAAGUCUUCCAAUGUCUACAUUUACAGACGGGAAAAUUGGUCGCAUUGAAGAUUGUGAAAAACAAGGCAGCAUAUGCACGGCAGGCAUCAAUAGAAAUCGAUGUCUUACGUGCUUUAAAAACAAAAAUUGGAAGCGAUGGUAACGAAUUGACUGUCGACCAGACCACAUUCAAGGGAUCGUCUUCGGAUGGUAACAGGGGUACAGGGUCUGAAGGAGACGAACACGACUAUAUGGUCGAUCUUGUUUGUUAUUUCUUGUACAAAUCACAUCUAUGUUUGGUAUUUGAACUGCUGGGACAAAAUCUAUAUGAUGUUUUGAAGCAAAGAAACUUCCGCGGACUUCGAUUAUCGGUUGUCAGAUCAGUGAUCAGACAGGCUGUUCAUGGAAUCGUAGAAUUGGCAAAACAUGAUGUUAUUCACUGUGACAUCAAGCCAGAAAAUAUUCUUCUUGUUAACGAAGAUGGCAUCACACAAGUUGGAAAUCGAGAAUACAGUGAUAACACUUUGCCGGCCUCGUCUGCAUCAAUCCCAACACAAACCGUGAUGAGAACACAACCACAAUACAAAAUUGCAACGGUUCCUCCUCCAAAUAUGACGGCGAAUCAGACAGCGAGACCACAGGCCUCGUUCACCAGUGCUUCAUCGAUAUCAGAAAAUGCCGCAACCAAUACGCAUUGCCAUCGAAUCAAGCUAAUCGAUUUCGGUUCGGCAUGUUUCAAGGGACAAACAAUGCAAACAUAUAUACAAUCGCGAUUCUAUAGGAGCCCCGAAGUGCUGAUUGGCUUACCUUAUGAUUCUGCUAUCGACAUCUGGUCGCUGGGGUGCGUUACCGCUGAAUUGUUUUUGGGACUGCCAAUUUUGCCUGGUGUUCACGAGCAUGACCAAUUGGGUCGAAUUUUGGAAAUGAUUUCCACUUUGCCAGAAUGGAUGCUCGAGCAAGGAUCGAAGGCGCCAAUUUUUUUCAAUAAGGAAACAUCCUUUGAUGCUGACACUAUCGACGAAGGGCACACUUCCACCACCUCGUCGUUGCAAUACCGGUCAUGGAGACUGAAAAGUCAAUCGGAGUUUGUAGCGUCUCUAUCGGAAGGUGAAAUUCGGAGAAAGGGUGGACAAUUGAGACUGGAAAAGCAGCACCAUAAUAGGUACUUCAAGAAAAAGAGACUUGCUGACAUUGUGUUGCACAAGGGGCAGAGCGGAACAAUGAAAGAAGACAAAUAUGAUCUGGACUUGUUUGUCCAUUUUUUGCAUGGUCUUCUCGAUCCAGACCCCAUAAAACGCUGGACAGCCCUACAAGCCUCGCAGCAUCCUUUUCUAACUGGCUCAAGAAUUCGAGAACAUACUGAACAUACCUAUGUCGAUAGCCGCAAGUAUGGCAACCUCGCAAACUUGGUUGGCCACUUUUACUGGGAACCCCCAUCGAAUUUCAGAGGAACGGGUGGCAACUCCGGUCCUUUUUGUCAUCAUGUUUUUGAACAAAAUGAAGAUUCAAGAUUUGGUCAUUGGCAAAGGAGAAGCCAAUUUUCAGGGGGACUUCAAAGUAACGGUCAUGAUGAUACGGCAUACCCGAGAGUCCCCAUUCGCUCUGGUGGUCUAGCCGAAUUGACUCAAAGUUUUGAUCGACGUAAGCCAUCAAAUGUGAAAAAUGACCAUAGUUUUCAGUUUGUGCCUCCACCACCCUUGUCACACACUCCGAAAAAUGGAGGCCAAACUCAAACUCUACGCAACGGUCAAAUUCUUCCCUCAGUUGGAUUGUCGCAGCAGACGCAAAAUACUUGGAAUGGACACCUGUUAAGUGGGAACGGUGGUGAAAGCUUUGCUGCUAAUGAUUCUCCUAGUCUUGUCAGUGUUCAAACCCAUAUGUUUCCUUCGCCGGUCAACUCGCAAUGCAACUGGUAUAACUCGUCAUCUCAAGCUAACGAUGAACACCGUCCUGCGUUCUCCGUGCCUAACCAUGCCUUCCAUGAACAGAAAAAGGAUCACCGAGCACCAGUCGUUCAUCAUGGCGGAAAUAUUGAUCGACGAUUUGCUCAUCGACCUGUGAACAGAAAACGUAUUUAUCCACAGAAAUAG